AUGCCUGGUUUGGACUUUGCCACCCGUUAUGAUCAUUACCACAAACACCACUCGACCAUUCCGAUAUCUCCGGAGAGGGAACCGUUAUCUGUGUGCCACCGACAGUCUUUGCCCCACCGCAAGCUAGCCCGUAGCUGUGCCUUCAGUAGCUGUUUCUCAGCCGUCUUGGUAAUCAUCGUAGUUUCUCUUUCCGUAUGCUGGAGUUUUGAUACUAUCGCCAACCGGUGCGUCGUCAAUAACGCCAUCUUGUUAGAUGAUUACCAAGACUAA